AUGUCUUCGUCAAUUAUCAUCGACCGCCUGGAACCUUGGAAUCCCGAUCCCGCCACUGCAAAAGACCACCAUGUCGGUUCCCCGCCCACGCAUUUCAAAAAUCCAUGGCCGUCAUAUAAGCACGAUACAAGUAUCUUCGAACUCCUCAAGCUGCGAUUCGGCAAGAAUCCAGAGAAGAACUUUGUGCCCGUGCCCGAGGGACCCAACGGGACGAGAUCCGAGGAACUGGUCAAGGUACUGAAGCCGACCUGGGGACGGGAUCAGAAAGACAAGCUACGGGCGACGUGGAUUGGACAUGCCAGCUGGCUCAUACAGGCACCUGCUGUAGAAGGAAGAGUGAGAGGUGUGAGGGUUUUGUUUGAUCCUGUCUUCAGUCAGAGGACGUCGCCUUUCAGUUUCAUGGGACCGAAGCGAUACACGCCUACACCUUGUCCGAUCGAAGAUCUACCCGACGUCGACAUCAUCUGCAUCUCUCACAACCACUACGAUCAUCUGGACUAUAACGCAGUAUCUACGCUCUACCAACGUCUGAAGGGCAGGCUGCAUUUUUUUGUUCCCUUGGGAGUCAAGAUCUGGUUCUUAGAGCAUGUGGGAUGCGCCGCCGACGAUGUCAGCGAGUGCGACUGGUGGGAAGGCGCCGAGGUAGAAGUGGAAGGUAUCGGCUUUGUGAGAUUGACAUGUUGCCCGACGCAGCACUUCUCUCGCCGUAGUAUUUGGGAUGGAGGAAAGUCACUGUGGUGCUCCUGGGCGCUGGAGACCGAGGGGAUGAAGAAGCUCUAUUUCGCCGGAGACACUGCCUACCAGGCUCACGAAGCUCCGUCGCCAUGUCCUGCGUUCGCGCAGAUUGGCAAACAAAUCGGACCAUUCGAUCUCGCCCUGAUACCUAUUGGCCUAUAUUCGCCACCGAAGGUGUCAGCGGCUGUUCAUGUGCAUCCGGAGCAGUCACUCGAAAUUCAUAAAGCAGUGCAGUCUAAGCUGAGCAUUGGCAUGCACUAUGGUACAGUGAGAGGCGGACUGUCUUCCGUGUUCGAAGAUGUCCGAGAUCCUCCAAGGAGAUGGAGAGAGAUAGCGGAGAAGGAAGGACUCUGGUGCGGAGGAGGCGUGGAGGGCGACGGCAGAUCUGUCGAUGUCAGCAGAGAAGGAGUCGGCUUGUGUCAUGUCGGCGAAACUGUGGCUGUAUGA